AUGCGCUUGUCCUCCGGCAGCGGCGGCUCCGGCGGAGAGGGUUCUCGUUCCAGCAGCAGCGGAUCAAGUGGCGGUUCUGGUUCUCGUUUCGACAGUGGAUCAUCAAGCGGCGGUGGCGGUUCUCGUUCCGGCGGCAGCGGGUCAAAGGGCGGCGGUUCCCGUUCCGGCGGUGGAUCAAGAGGCGGUGGCUCUCGUUCCGGCAGCGGGUCAAAGGGCGGCGGUUCCCGUUCCGGCGGUGGAUCAAGAGGCGGCGGCUCGAGAGGCACCACGAACUAUGAUGAUGAUGAUAGCGUGCUUGACGUGCUCGAUUACGACGAUUCGUCUGCCGGUGCCCGCGGCGGCGCUUGGAAGACUGGAGUCGCUGCCACGUUUCUUGCCGUCGCCUCGCUCUUGUACAUCUAG